AUGCACAGUCCUCCCGCCGAAACCCCCGAGGCUGCGCCGGCGGCCGAUGCAGCCUCAGCUACUACCAUAGCCCGCCGCCGCAAGUUUACUAUCCAGAGUAGCUUUGGCCAAGCUCGCGAGCGUCGGAGUCGCAAGAAUCGUCCCUGCGAUGCAUGCCGCCGCCGUAAGACGGCAUGCGUCAUCACCGACCAGCCGCCAUGCCGAUUUUGUGAGACACGAGGCAUCCCUUGUCUGUCUUCUGGCACACUAGCAGAUAAGGACACUUCUGCUACCGCAGACGGUGAUCACCCCUCGCCAGAUGCCGCAUCACCUCAUUCACUCUCCGUCUCAUCUCCUGCCGACUCGAUCCGGCAUGCUCGCCCAGAUCUUUUCGCCAACGGCGCCUCGCGUCCGCCCGUCACGUCGUGGCCCACGCCCUCUCACGACAGCCCCAGCUCUUCUCAUCACGCCUUUUCUCCAGCCAACAUACCCUCACAUCAAACUACAGCCCGAACACCACUUCAAAGCAGUCCUCGUUCUUCCUCACAUACGACACUCCCUCCGGCGUUCACUGACAAGGACCGCACCGGCGCAGUAACCCUCCCCACUCCCGCCACUAUCGCUACCUUUACCAAAGGCCACACCGAGGGCAUGGGCAUCUGGCCUACGAAUGGACCAGGUCGCAUUCAUACACUAGAAGAUAAUGUCAACAAGACUGCCAACUAUAUGGGUCCCGCUGCGGAACAAGAUACCCACGUUCUGGACUCGUUCCGUUACAUGCUUGUCAGCGAGAUCGACGAGAUUGACGCUGAUUACCUGCAGGUGUACCCAGGCAGCUCACGACCAAAUGACCCGCCAGUUCAUUUUCUACUUUUGGAAAAUGAAGUGCCCGAGUACACCAAUCGUCCCAAACGAGAGGCAUCCUUAGCCAUCGAAUCAAGAGUCUAUCCGUAUGGACCCAAUCUCGUUCGUUUAUACUUCAAAUACGUUCAUCCUGUGUACCCUGUUGUAUCCAAGGUUCGCUUCCUACGUCUCUACAAUUCUGCAAAGGAGAAGAUUCCUGCAUCACUCCGUGGUGCCGUUUACGCCUUGGCAACUGUGUUCUGGAACAGGGACCCAUCCCUCAAAGGUCCUUGUCCCUGGGAGCAACACGAGCUGCAUUCACAUGCGCAGAGCUCUCUGCGCUGUGAACUCGAGAACCCGAACCUUUCCAACCUUCAAGCAUCCCUGCUCUUGAUUCACAUGGCCCCGCCUUGGACCGAUACCGUGGAGACACCAAGCAUCUGGAUCCUCGCAGCUCAAGCGGUCUCCAACGCACAGAUGAACGGCCUCCACCAAGAUCCAGCAGAUUGGAGUAUAGAGCCAUGGGAGAAGAAACUCCGCAAGAAGCUGUGGUGGGCUAUUUAUAUGACCGAUUGCUGGACUUCUGUCUGUCAUGGCAAUCCCCCUCAUAUAUAUCGUGAAUCCUUCAACACAACUCCGCCUGAUAUCGAAGACAUUCGUUUUGAUGAAGAUGUUCCUGAAGAUCUGAAACACAUGGUUGAUCCAGAUUCAUCGGUCUUCCAAGUAGCUGUUGGCCAACGAUUCUUGGAAAUGGUUCGCCUAACCAGAAUUGUACGCGAGAUAAUCGAUUGCAGCUUUCUUGUGAAUCCGAAUGCGAGAUAUGCACAUGGCCCUGACCAUGUCCUUCACACACUAGCAGCACAGAAAGAAAAACUCCGCGAGUGGCCUUCUUUACUCCCUCAAUGCUUGUCAACGAGACGAGUCAACUCAGCGCCUGCUGUCCAUAAUAAUUGCCCUCUACAUCUAAUGUACCAUGCCGCCAAAGUGUUACUGUUCCGAGCCAUCUUAUCUCCCGCCACAAAGGAAGCGAGGGCCAAUCCUAAUUCAAGCUUACGCCGAAACUUCCACGAAGCAGUUUAUGAGAUGCAAACCUUCGCGACAUUUAUGGAUGAAGUUACAGAGGGGGAUCUACAAGGCUUCUGGGGCCGUUUGGGACGGUCUCAGCUUAUUUUGUGCGGAAAUUUCAUGAUACACCUAUUCAUCGUGGCCUCCGGCCCUGACGACAUCAAAGUUGCUCACCAUGUCCUUCUGAGCUUCCACCAGUCUCUACAACACUUGGCAGCCACCCAAUACUACGUCGGAAAGCUACUUCUCCGGCCUGUGGCCGUGCGUGUGGACUCCUUCUUUUCACAAGCCAGCGAGAUUAUCAGGCGCGGUGGCCAUGGAUAUUGGCAGCUGGACUCUCUCAGAAUCAUCAAAGACGGCACCCUUUAA